AUAUUUUCGUGAUUUACACAAAGUGUUGCAAUCUUCUCCAGAAACAAGGAGAACGUGCUUAGCCAUGUCCGACGAGGAGAAUCAGAAGCUGGCGGGCCACAAACCUGCAGUGAAAGUUGGUGGAAUGAGGGUUGUCCAGCACAAGAAUCCCAAUUCUGAGAAGACGUCCGGAGACAGUCCAGAAGACACUACCGGAUUGGCUCCCGCGCCGACAAUCCCGAAUUCACAGAUUGUCAGCGGUGCGCACACGAGAGGACAUUCCGAAUUCACACCAGAAGCUGCUCAGGUGGCGCAUUCGCCCAAGCCUCCAAAUCCUGUGUCCAUCAAGCCCCAAGUGAACAUACAACAGCCCCGGAAGUAGGCUGGAAAUGCGAACAAACCCAAGGAAACUCUCAUGUAGUUUAAUUGGAUUUUGUUAUGAAAAAAUAAAUUACUGGCUAUUUCAA